AUGUCACGACAGAGUGCGCGACCGCGGAAUGGCUUGAAAUUGCCCUUUGCACUUGAAAAGGAACUUGGUCUCGAGGGGAGGUCACGACCUGGAGGCGAUGGAGGCGGUCGGCGGCAGCAUGGUUCGGUGCAAAGCAGAAAAGAGCAGCGCAAAGCACAAAGGCAGGAGAAGAAACAGAAUAUACGCGGAUCAGGGUCACAAAGGAGGCCACCUGUUGCAGAGCAGGGGCUCUCAGAUGAAGACCUGGACGAAGACAGUGCUGACGAACCCAUCCGCUCGUCCAAUACUUCAAAGAAAGACGCGGUGAAACCAAAGAUCAAGGAAGACGAGCCCAAAGAGCUGAAAUCGAUUCUCAAAAAGAAAAGAAACCCGUCCCCAUCUCUAUCCGAAACCUCUCUUCCGUCGCGAUCACGGUCUUCCUCUCCAGGUCUCGUCCUAGACGCCAAUUCCCAAGCCUUCAAAGAGCGAGCUGCCCAAGAUGAUGCAGAGAUCGUGGCCCUUGAGAGAAAGCUCGGCUUGAAGAAAAAGAAAACUUCGAAAUCUUUUGCGGAUGAUGGGUUGGACGACUUGCUGGAGGGGCUAGACGGAGAGGAUCGUGGCGUCAAGAGGAAGAGUGAGGAGGAUGCGUGGUUGGACAGGAAAAGAAGAAAGGCCGACCUUGAGGAUGAUGAGUUUAGUGAGGGCGACUUUGAUCUUGAAGAGGGGAGUGAUGACGACGAGCUUGAAGCAUUCGAGGCAGAACAAGGAGACCGUGAUGAUCUGCUGGGCGAGAACCCCGAAGAGUCCGAAGAGGAGCACUCUGAUGAAGAUCUGGACCAGAGAAGUGAGGACUCUUUCGAAGGUUUCGAGUCAGGCGAAGACACGUCCGACGUACAGCCAAAAAAGGUCCGAGAAAAUCCUUACGUCCCCCCAGUCCCCCAAACACCCACAGGAAAGUACAUCCCGCCGUCACUCAGAAAAGCACAAAAUUCCGAAAGCCCUUCGCUGGAAAGACUGAAAAGACAGUUUCAAGGCCACCUUAACAGACUAUCCGAAGCGAACCUGUUGCCAAUACUCGGAGAGGCCGAGAAACUCUACCAGUCCAAUCCUAGGCAGGACGUCACGUCAGUUCUAAUUGACCUCCUUUUGACCUUAUUCUGCAACAAGUCAGCUCUCUCGAACACUUUUGUCAUCCUUCACGCCGCAUAUGCGACAGCAGUGUACAAAGUCAUCGGCGUGGAUUUCGGGGCGGACAUGCUUUCGCAGUUGGUCGAGCGACUUGAUCAAUACCGCAGCGAUACCGCGACUGGCAAAGAGGCACUGAAUCUGAUAAGUCUUCUCUGUCACCUCUUCACAUUCCAUCUGAUUAGCAGCGCCAUCAUCUUCCACUACAUCCGACUAUUGCUCGAGCGACUAAGCGAGAACAAUACGGAGUUGCUACUCCGUGUCGUCCGAGAUUGCGGCCACCAAUUGCGGCAAGAUGAUCCUUCCUCUCUCAAAGAGAUCGUCCAAAUAAUGCAGAAGGAAGCGGCACGGAUGAAUUCGGCCGGGGAACAAAUGAGCGUCAGGACGAAAUUCAUGAUCGAGACAAUUACGGAUCUGAAGAACAACAAGAUGAAAGCCGCGACAAACAAUGCAGGCGUUGCAAGUGAGCACAUCACACUGAUGCGGAAAGUGCUUGGUUCGUUAAACAACAGCCGCAAUGUGAGAGCUUCCGAGCCAUUGCGAAUUACGAGGGAUGAUAUCAAGAACAGCGACAAGAAGGGGAGAUGGUGGCUAGUUGGCGCCAGCUGGAAAGGUCACGAGCCUGCGGCAGCAGCAGCUGCUGAAGGGCGCGUCGACGCCUCGAUCCCGAUGACCGGCGGUGGGCUUGAUGACGAUGAUUCGGUCGAUUUAAUCGCCCUUUCACGCCAUUACGGCAUGAACACGGACAUCCGCCGCUCUAUCUUUGUCGCCCUUCUAUCAGCAGUGGACUACCAGGACGCGCACAUGCGCCUUCUCAAACUGCGUCUCAAGCGUACACAGGAGCAGGAGAUUCCCAAAGUCCUGCUUCGCUGCAGCGCCGGCGAAGAUCCAUAUAACCACUAUUACACACUCGUGGCGCGGAAAUUGUGUCUGGAGAAGAAGAUGCGCAAGGCCUUUCAGUUUGCGCUAUGGAGUUUUUUCAAGAGGAUGGGCGAGAAUCCGAACCGGGGAGAUGAAGAGGAAGAAGAUGCCGGUGAAGGAGAUCAAGAAGUUGAAAUGACUGAGAUCGCCAACCUCGCCAGGUUAUAUGCAUUUUUGAUCCUGGAUGGAGCAGAGACUCUCGGUGUCCUGAAAGUGCUGGAACUCGCCUACAUCAAGGAACGAACGGCGAUGUUUGUGGAGCUGUUGCUCAUCAUCAUGAUGAUCGAGGCGAAAGAUAUACCGGACGCGUUGAUCAAGGUGUUUGAGCGCGCAGCUGAGACGCCGCAGAUCAUCAAGAGGUUGCAAUUCUUCAUCAAAAAGAAUGUGAGGACUUCGGACUUGGUCGCAAAGAAGGCUAGGGAUGUUGUCAAACGGGGGUGUCAAACUGCGCUGGAGACGUUGCGGAAACUCGAGUUGAUCGACAACGGGGCUGAUGUGUGA